AUGGGAAGGCGCAGGUGGACCGCCAGCUGGUUCAGGAGGCCGGGAAGCCCGGCCGCCGGGGACGGCGACGCGGAAGCCGCCGGCAAUCGGAAGGAUCAUCGCUCCUCGGUGUCAUGGCGGAGGUUCCGGUUGGUGUUCUCGUCGUCGGUAUGGCGGUGGCGGCGGCCCGAUUUCCGGCUCACCAUCCUCGACGACGUCGUCUUCUUCGUGCUGUCCAUCAUCGAGGCCAUCGUCCUAGUCGCCGUCUUCUGCUUCUAUUUCUGCCGCUUCGGCUCCCUCAUCUGA